GAUAGUCUCCGUAUCAAUCCCGGAAGCGUAGCUCACAGUUCCACGUCACACAAUAGACGGCUGGCGAUUACACGCAGCACAUUCGUUACUGAACUAACUAUCGGUUACCUGUGUAAUAAUUACAACAACAACAAGAUCCAAAGGAAAUGGUCAGUAGCUGUCACAGUCUUUUGCCUAGUGAUGAACAUGUCGUCCAUAUCCCGAUGAAGAAAGGUGCCGAUGUACUUUGUAAAAGGAUUACGAGCAGAAAAAAUGAAAAAUUUCUCAAAGACGGACAAAAGUAAAUUAGCAAAGGUGCAAGCGACCAGGGUCCCCAUUGCGGUCCCCGAAUCCUGCCUGAACCAUUUGUCGUCAAACCUAAAGGCAUUAUGGGACAAAAUAAAGCUUAAUGAUUCGCAAAUAAAUUCAACCAAAAGGGGGUCCUUGCCCAUGCCGACGAAUUCCCCCACUACCCGGACCCCGAAAUCUUGCAGGAUCCAGGUGUAGAGGCUCUCCAUGUCAACAGAGGCAAGGCUAAAACCUUCCUGUCAUGGGACUUCAAGUGCCCUUAAGAAAGUGCUGGUGUCCUUUAAGUAGGUUGGAAGUUUGUCUAUACUCUGAAACUUCAAGGGACAACUGCUGCAAAUUAAAUAGUAUGACGUGUUAGUGACGUGUAAAAGGAGAAGGACAUAAAUAUCUGCUAUCUCACUCUCUAAAUUUAUGGAACCCUGCAACAAAGAUCACUGUGCGGAAUACCGAAUGCCAGAACAUUCAUUAUGAAUUUUAUAGAGCCAGAUAUAUUACAUGAAGAAUUUGAGGAUGCCCUAGAGGUACUACAGGAGAAUUCAAGUUGCAUCAAUGAAAUUCAACAAUCAACAGAUGAAUGCAAAAAUUAUACAAACAUCUUCAAUAACUACCCACAAUGCAACAUCUACAUUUCAACACCUUCUGAAGAGGCAAUUGCACACAUGUGGAUGGAUACGGCUGUGAACCCCAGCUCAUUUUUGGAUUAUGUGCAGCACGACAUGCAGAAUGGGGGUGAAGAUCACCUGAAUGACACAGACCUGUCUUCUAAAGCCUCACACAAAUAUGGAUCUUCUUUCACUGACCAACAAAAGACUGUCCAUGUAGCAGGUGGAAGUAGAACUGAGAUCACAACCCAGACCGUCAAGACUGGGGUCCAAGUCAAAUGGCAGCAAGAUGGCAAAGCAGAAAAGACAGUCAGCCAAACAGAGCACACAAAGCGCACAGUAAUCGUUGAUAAUAAAGUCACCCAUGAGGAAGAGUUUUCAGUUGUGAGUGGAGAUUCUAAAGUAAAUGUCGACCAUAAAGAAGAUGAAGAUGAGUCUUCUUCAAUUAGUACCGCUACUCCAGAUUCACGUUCUUCAGAAAGGAAAGACUCUGGUGAAGGACAACCAGAUGAUGCAGACAAGAGGGAUAAUUCUCAGCGAUCAACUAUAUUUAUUCAGAAGCCUAGUAGUGGAACAGUAGGUGUGGGUGGGGAUAUAAAGUUUAUAGCAAAAGUGGAGGCAAAGGAUCUACUGCGUAAACCAGUGGUAAAAUGGAUGAAAGGAAAAUGGAUGGACUUGGCAAGUAAGGCUGGAAAGCACCUUCAGCUGAAGGACACCUUUGAUCGCAUUAACAAGACAUAUACUUUUGAAAUGCAAAUAAUAAAAGCAAAAGAGAACUAUGCUGGGAAUUACAGAUGUGAAGUGACUUAUAAAGAUAAAUUCGACAGCUGCUCAUUUGAUCUUGACGUUAUUGCUGCUCCUGACGCAUCUCAAGCUUUAGACAUCCGAUCUGCUUUCAAAAGAAGCGGUGAAGGACAAGAAGAUGCAGGAGAGCUUGACUUUAGUGGUCUCCUGAAACGUAGAGAAGUUAAACCUGAAGAAGGGCCAGAGAUAGAUGUGUGGGAGAUCCUGAAAAGUGCAAGUCCCAAUGAGUAUGAGAAGAUUGCGUUUCAAUAUGGUAUCACUGACCUAAGGGGCAUGCUUAAGAGAUUGAAACGUAUGAAACGGGAAGAGAAGAAGAGUGCAGCAUUUUCCAAGAAAUUAGACCCAGCUUAUCAGAUUGACAAAGGAGGACGAGUGAGAUUUGUUGUUGAACUUGCUGAUCCGACUGUUGAACUCAAGUGGUAUAAAAAUGGUCAGGAAAUUCGUCCAAGUACCAAAUACAUAUUUGAACACAAGGGAAAUGAAAGGAUAUUGUUUAUUAACAACUGCACAUUGGCUGACGAUGCUGCUUACCAAGUAUGCGCCGGUGAUGAAAAAUGCUCUACUGAGCUGUUUGUCAGAGAGCCACCUGUACUGGUUACAAAAGAAUUGGAAAAUAUCAGCACAUACUGUGACGAAAGAGUGGAAAUGGAAUGUGAAGUAUCUGAUGCAGAGGCCAAUGUGAAAUGGUUUAAAAAUGGUGUGGAAAUUACAAAUGAGCCAAGGUCAAGAUACAGACUAAAAGUGGAUGGUAAAAAGCAUAUACUGAUUAUAGAUGAGGCAGACAGAGGAGAUUCCGCCACCUAUUCUGUGAUGACCACUGGAGGUCAAUCAGCAGCACAGCUUCAAGUGGACUUGCGACCUCUGAAGAUAUUACAACCUCUGACUGAUAUGACUGUGAAUCUUGGCAAGGAAAUCAAUCUGAAGUGUGAAAUCUCUGAGAAUGUGUCGGGAAGAUGGUACAGAAAUGGACAGCUCCUCCAUGGCAGUGACCGUGUGAAACUAUUUCAUAAGGGAAGGAAUCACAGAUUAGUAAUAGAAAAUUGUCUAGUGGAAGAUGAAGGUGACUAUAUAUUUGUUCCAGAUCUUUAUUUAAUCAAUAUUCCAGCCAACGUACAUGUUAUCGAUCCUCCCAAAAUCCAUUUUGAUAGUCUAAAUUACCCGGAUAACACGGUGGUGGUUAUAGCAGGAACAAAGCUAAGGCUUGAGGUGCCUGUUACUGGAGAACCAGCCCCUAAAAUUAUUUGGAGCAGAGGAGACAAGUGGAUCACAGAUCUCAGCGGUCGUAUCAGGGCAGAAUCAUACCCUGAUCAUGGACUCCUUGUCAUUGAAAAUGCUGAGAAAGACGAUACUGGAACAUACAGGAUUAUGGUGAAAAAUGAGGCUGGUGAAGCUGUUGCUCACAUCAAAAUAAAAGUAGUUGAUAUCCCUGAUGCUCCAUUAGCUCCAGAUGUAACAGAGGUUGGUGAGGACUGGUGUACUAUGAAAUGGGAGCCACCAUUAUAUGAUGGAGGAUGCCCGAUUCUGGGAUACUUUAUUGAAAGAAAGAAGAAGCAAAGCUCCAGGUGGAUGAGGCUCAAUUUUGAACUAUGCAAAGAAACAAAUUUUGAACCCAAAAAAAUGAUUGAAGGUGUUGCAUAUGAAGUCCGCGUCUUUGCAGUCAACUCAAUAGGAAUUUCUAAACCAAGCAUGCCCUCCAAGCCCUUUGUCCCACUGGCUGUCACAAGUGCGCCAACCAUGUUAACAGUAGAUGGUGUAACUGACAACACAGUGACUAUGAAAUGGCGUCCUCCGGAUCACAUUGGGGCUGCAGGUUUGGAUGGCUAUGUCAUUGAGUACUGCUUUGAAGGGGGAGGAGAUGAGAAGCAUGAGAAGCCUGAAUUUACAGAUCAGGAGUUGGAUUUGUUAGUGGAUUGUGUGUCUAAGGAUGGGCCACAUUUAUGUGGUGCUUUGUCUGCAAAAACCACCAAAGCGGAGAAGAGUAAAAUAUGGGCAGACAUCCAAGCCAAGGUGAACACCAAGGGUGGCAAUAACAGGUCCAUUGCAGACUUGAAAAAACGGUGGAAUGAUCUCAAAAAGCAAACCAAGAAUAAAAUAUUGAAAACCCAAAAAGAAAGUAAUGCCGAGAAUACCGUAGUGCCUGAGCCUGCAAAGGAUCUGUCUCCCCUGGAAAAACGUGUGGAGGCUAUGCUGAAGCUUGAGGAAUUGGCAGAAAUCCCUGAUAUCGAAGAUGACCUGCAGGAUGAUAUAAAUGGAGGAACUUCAGAUAAGCCGAAACUUACUGAUGAAGAGCUGAACAUUUUAGUGGAUAACAUUGCCAAACUAGGGCCCCAACUCUUUGGAGCCCAAACAAGCCCUGCAGAUAAGGAUAAAAUGUGGGCGGACAUCCUAAAGCAGAUAAAUGCUGUGGGGGGCAAAAACAUGUCAAUUGAGGAGAUCAAGAAAGCUUGGAAUAACCUCAAAAAGCAGACCAAGAAAAAAGUAGAGAACAACAAGGCUCAGAAGAUACUGGAAAAGAAAGGAAAUAAAGCCAACUUUAUCGAGCUAACGCCAAUAGAGAUACGGGUAGAAGCUUUGUUACAAAACAACCAAAUCUUUUCUGAAGACUUCCAUGAGGAGCCUGAUGAAGCGGAAGAGUGGAUCAUUGCCAAUCCAGAACUCACAGACAAAACAAGGUUUACCAUUUCUGGGCUCCCUACUGGAUCUAGGAUCUUUGUGCGGGUGAAAGCUGUAAAUGAUGCAGGUCAUAGUGAUCCUAGAUUACACCCGAAUCCAAUCCUGGUAAAGGAAGUUAUAGUGCCUCCAAAGAUUCGCCUUCCACGGCACCUAAAACAAACCUAUAUCAAAAAAGUAGGAGAAGCUGUAAACCUGGUAAUACCUUUCCAAGGUAAACCAAGACCUAAGGUAUCAUGGAAAAAGAAUGGAUCACAUGUAGACAAGACACAAAUAAGUAUUCGCAACAGUGAAUGCGAUACCAUUAUUUUCAUCCGGAAAGCUGAGAGAAGUCAUUCUGGAAAAUAUGAUUUGAAAGUGAAAGUUGAGAACCUCCAAGAUAAGGCAUCAAUUCACAUUCAGAUUGUUGAUCGACCUGGACCUCCAGAAUCAGUAGUAAUCGAAGAAGUCUGGGGAGAGAAUGUUGCAUUAGAAUGGAAGCCACCAACGGACAAUGGCAAUGCUGCUAUCACAGGAUAUACCAUUCAGAAGGCUGAUAAAAAAACAAUGGAAUGGUUUACAGUUCUGGAGCAUUACCACAGAACGAGUGCUACCAUUUCUGAUCUUGUGAUAGGAAAUGAAUAUUAUUUCCGAGUGUUCUCUGAAAAUAUGUGCGGCCUCAGCGAGACAGCGACAAAGACACCAAACUGUGCGCUUAUUGAGAAAGAAGGGAAACCUUAUAAGCGUCCAGAGUACACAGAUUUUGACUUCACAGAAGCUCCACUAUUCACUCACCCCUUAAUCAAUACAGUAGCCAUUGCUGGAUACAAUGCUACAUUAAACUGCAGCGUACGUGGAAAUCCUAAGCCUAAAAUUACGUGGAUGAAAAAUAAAGUGGCUAUAAUGAAUGACCCCCGAUUCAGAAUGUUUAGCAACCAAAGUGUAUGCACCCUGGAGAUACGUAAGCCAAGCCCAUAUGAUGGUGGGAUAUACACAUGCAGGGCAGUCAAUGAUCUCGGUGAGGCUGAGGUUGACUGCAAACUUGAAGUGAAAGGUGGAGUGACAUUUUUCCGCCUUCUAAUGCAAGGUGUGCCUCUGUCUGUCAUCGACUCUUAUAUGCGAGAGCUGGAUGCAAGUAAGCCGGAGAGAGCAUGAGCAAGUCCAGAAAGCUGCUUUUUUACUGCAUUAUUCUGGACAUCAGCGUGAAAGUGUUUGACCCUGAAGCCGCAUCUAUAAAGUGUAGUAAAUUUCUGUCUGCUGUCUUUCUGUGUUAGAUACAAAUACAAUUAUUGCAUGGGUUGGUGUAGAGAGGGAUGGAUGAGCUUGAAGUUUAGUUUGGGGCUUUUUUACUUCAAGAUUCGGUAUGGAUUAUUGGUCUCCUUAUUUGGAGCAGCACAACACUUGACUUGUUGGCAAUGAACUGAACUGCUUACAUAACAAUGAUAGUCUCAAAGAAUGGUAAAUCACAGUUUUUUUUCUUCAAAAAUGCAAAAUGACAGCAAUAUUAAGUUCAAUAUUAGACAUGCUGGUGACUGCUUGUUAAAGUGAUACUGCUGGAGAAAAGCUG